CCCCCCUCACCUAAUAUCAUCAACUCUCUUUCUCUCAAGCAACAACCAUACACUCAUCUCUUCUCGUCUCCCUCUCUCUCCCCCUCAGUACACUACAUUCCUCAACAUUUCUUCUUCUUCUUCUUCUUGGCAAAAUAAUGCCUCCAAUCUUGCCUGAUUUCUCUAACUCCGUUAAGAUCAAGUAUGUUAAACUUGGCUAUCAAUACCUUGUAAAUCACAUUUUGUACCUUUUGUUGAUACCUGUUAUGGUUGGUAUUCUAAUUGAGGUUCUUCGUUUAGGCCCUGAUGAAAUCUUGAGCUUAUGGAGAUCACUCCAUUUUAAUACUGUCCAAAUUCUCUGCUCAUCCUUUCUCAUCAUCUUUAUUGCUACUGUUUAUUUCAUGUCCAAGCCAAGAACUAUCUACCUAGUUGACUAUGCUUGCUACAAGCCUCCUGUCACUUGCCGGGUUCCGUUUUCUACCUUCAUGGAGCAUUCCAGGCUUAUCUUGAAAGAUAAUCCCAAGAGUGUUGAGUUUCAGAUGAGGAUUCUUGAGAGGUCUGGACUCGGUGAAGAGACCUGUUUGCCUCCUGCAAUUCAUUAUAUUCCUCCAAAACCAACUAUGGAGGCUGCAAGAGGAGAAGCUGAGCUUGUUAUCUUCUCCGCCAUGGAUUCUCUCUUCAAGAAAACAGGGCUUAAACCUAAAGAUAUCGAUAUCCUUAUCGUAAACUGCAGUCUCUUCUCACCAACACCAUCUCUAUCUGCAAUGGUUAUUAAUAAGUAUAAGCUCAGAAGCAACAUAAAGAGCUUCAAUCUUUCUGGUAUGGGGUGCAGUGCUGGGCUGAUUUCUAUCGACCUAGCUCGUGAUAUUCUUCAAGUGCAUCCAAAUUCAAAUGCAGUUGUGGUUAGCACAGAGAUCAUCACACCAAACUACUACCAGGGAAAUGAGCGAGCUAUGCUUCUUCCUAACUGCUUGUUCCGCAUGGGAGGUGCCGCAAUUCUCUUAUCAAACCGCAGGUCUCACCGCUGGCUUGCCAAGUACCGCCUAGUCCAUGUGGUACGAACCCACAAAGGCGCAGACGAUAAAGCUUACCGUUGUGUGUUUGAACAAGAAGAUAAAGAAGGAAAAGUUGGAAUUAAUCUAUCAAAAGACUUGAUGGCUAUAGCUGGUGAGGCUUUGAAAUCAAACAUCACUACUAUUGGGCCUUUAGUCCUUCCGGCUUCUGAACAGCUCCUGUUUUUGUUGACUCUCAUUGGACGCAAAAUCUUUAACCCCAAAUGGAAGCCAUAUAUUCCUGAUUUCAAGCAGGCUUUUGAACAUUUCUGUAUCCAUGCCGGUGGCCGUGCUGUUAUAGAUGAACUGCAAAAGAACUUGCAGCUAUCUGCAGAGCAUGUAGAGGCUUCAAGGAUGACACUGCACCGAUUUGGCAACACCUCAUCGUCUUCGCUUUGGUAUGAGCUAGGUUACAUUGAAGCAAAAGGCAGGAUGAGGAGAGGAGACAGGGUUUGGCAGAUAGCUUUUGGCAGUGGAUUUAAGUGUAACAGCGCAGUUUGGAAGUGUAAUAGAACAAUCAAGACACCAACAGAUAGUCCAUGGGCUGAUUGUAUUGAUAGGUACCCAGUACACAUUCCUGAGGUGGUUAAGUUAUAGGCGCGAAGAUUGGCGGGUUACUUCUUGUUGUUUGCUAAACAUCUUCAAAGUCUGGAGACUUGCAUUCACUUCUCUGAUGAUCUGUGUUGUAUUCUCUGUUGCUCUUUCUUCUCGUCACACUGUUGUACUCUAUAUAUUCAUCUUCAUCUUCUUCUUUUUUGAAUUUCUCAUAAAUUUGCGUAGACAUUGGGUGAUAUGGCCACUUCUUGUAUUUAAUGUUCUCUUGCAAGAAAAAAAAAAAGGGCAGAAUAAGAGUAUGUAUUGGUGGUCUCUUGGGUCUGCGGAAAAAAAGUAAUUGCAAAAAUGGGAAUUGAAAUAAUGAAAGUAUGGAUUGAUGGCGA